GAGAAAAUUACAAUUUUUACAUUGGUUCUUUGAGAAAAAUAGAACAAGAAGUAAUUUUCUCCUCUGAAAAAAGGUUCUCAUCUUAGUUUUCCCCAUAAAACUAAACUAUAAAGUCUUAUCACAAUUAAGAAAAGGUCAAAUAAUUAUAAUGAUAACCACUCUUUGUCUCUGAUACACAUAAAAGCAAGCACAGCAGACAACAUAAUAUGACAAAUCUCUGGCUAGAAAUGAUGAUAUUCUAUUCGUUUUUGUUUUUGUUAUUUCAUUUUUCAAUAGAGGAUUGAGUUUCUUGGUGGCGAAAACUAAGAGGACUGAGUCUCCAACCACAAACAAGGGCCAUCAUAAUAGUAAAUUGAACGGCUUCAGCAAUUCGGCAUUGAGCAUCUUCUUCAAUGGCAGAUUUAAUUGGGAAUAGGAUGUACAGCUGCUUCAAGUGUCGGAAUCUUGUAUCACGCCAUGAUGAUAUUGUUUCUAAAGGAUUUCAGGCAACCAGUGGUAGGGCUUUCCUAUUUAGCCACGCAAUAAACAUCAUUGAAGGGCCUAAAGAGGACCGGCAUCUAAUAACUGGUCUCCAUACAGUUGCUGAUGUAUUCUGCUCUGAUUGUGGAGAGAUUCUGGGUUGGAAGUAUGAGCGCGCUUAUGAUCAAUCACAGAAGUACAAGGAAGGCAAAGUUGUGCUUGAGAAUUUCAAGAUUGUCAAAGAAAACUGGUAGCCAUUAUUAGUGAUCUUGAAUCUGUUCAUGUUGGACCUGUACAGAAGAAUUUAUUCUUUUCAAGUGAAGGGUUUAAGCCA